UGCCAGUCAGUGCCACCUAUCAAUGUCAAUCAGUGCCACCUAUCAGUGCCCACCAGUGCCACCUAUCAGUGCCAGUCAGUGCCGCCUAUCAGUGCCAUGCCUGCCAGUGCCGCCUAUCAGUGCCAGUCAGUGCCGCCUAACAGUGCCAGUCAGUGCCGCCUAACAGUGCCACCUAUCAGUGCCAUGUAUCAGUGCUGCCUUUCAGUGCCCAUCAGUGAUGCCUGUCAAUGCCCAUCAGUGCCACCUACCAUUGCCUCCUUAUCAGUG